AUGAUUCAUCAUUUGAUGUUGCCGUUUACCUUCACAAAGUACGCAGGAGACGUGCCGACUGAGAUAAGGCUGGUGGACUGGCAGAGUCUGAUGUACAAGCCACCAACCCACGACCUAGCUCUCCUGUUUGUUUUCAACACGGGUUGGGAUGUCUUCCACGGCCACAGGGACGCCAUCCUGGCUCACUAUCACCGCACACUACAGGAGACACUGGGCCCAGGCGUAUCCUCGGGUCUACGUGACUACACCCUGGAAGAGUUGAAGGCAGACUUCAAAGCCGACUGUCUGUACGGGAUAACCAGGCGUUUUUCGUAUGCGGACGUCGUGAGCCGACUCUCAGAUCCAAGUCUGCUGAAGAUGAUCCAAGAAAUCAAGGAGUGGGGUUUUCUCUGAAGGGUCAGAUUUCAGUAGUACGUUUUGAUCAACGUCAGAUCACGAUUUUUAGUAUAUGUAUAAUCUUUAUUGCAAGUUCAUGCCCGAGGGCUAAUUGCAGACA